AUGUCACUAAUGCUCAAUCAUGCCAAGUUGAACACCCGAGCGACACCAGCGAAAGUAGGUAAAAAAUGCAAACCUUUCCGAAAAGAAAUAACAAACCUGAUGGAAAAAAUCUUUCCUGGGUGCUGAUUACUCACCUAAGAGGAGACAAUCUUCCCCUCUGUUGACGCAAAACUAUUGAAUACAAGUUAAUAUGGUUCUUCUAAUUUUAAAACCCUCUUUUUUGUGUGGAUGCUGUUUGUGAGGCCAAUCGUGGAAAAUUGGUCAAAUUUUUUUGUGGCAAACUAUUUGCAAGUAAAAUGAGUUCAUGAAGCGUCAUUGUAAGCUCAGUGACAAGAACGGGAAAGUUUUAAGUUCUUUAGCAAGCCAUUAAUCUACGCUUUCUAGAAAAACAGGAAUCAAGCAGUAAAAUAAAAAGGGCUUCUGGCUGCGAUUACAGGUCCGGAUUUGUUUUUUUGUUUUUAAAAGAACGUAAUUUGUUUUCAUUCUGUUGUUAUUGUUCGAUUCGUGACUUAAUAAAUGCAAGCGUAACUUUCUUUUAUGUCUUAUUGCAGCAUCAACGAGAAGCUCCAAGGAAAAAGCUGCUAGCAUAUAACUUAGAGGAAGACUGCGUUUCCGAGCCUUCUUCACGGUCAAGGCUUCGAUCUCUUUUGUAAGUUUUGAAUUAUUUCUUAUAUUGAAGCAUUGUUGAUCAUUCUAAACUUUUUGAUUAUAUUGUGUGCUCCUAUAAACUUGUAAGUGAUAAAGAGCGUAAUGCUUAAUAUAUAGUGAUAGUAGCAAAUCAGUAUGGCGAUCUAUCUGUCUAUCUAUUGAUAUAAAUAAGAAAGCACUUUUCGCGUUUUAAGCGGCACAAUCAACUAUCGACAGAAAAAUUUGCAUUGAAGAUUUGGUACUUUCAGCAUUAAUCAUCAACGACGGAACUUAGGCUAGAUAAAAGGACUUACGUCGAUCGGUUAAGAGGAGUCAGUUAUCAUGCACAUAUAAUAUAAGCCACUUAUGUCGAGGAAAGCGAAAUGUGAAAUCGUUUGAAAAUUUGCGCUAAACUCCUUUCUAGCUUAUCCUUUUCUUAAGCGUAGUCAUCUCCAGUGUUUUAUGCAUAGUCACCGAGCUGAGAAAAGCAAUGAUAGGCAUUUUAAUAAAGCGAGUAUUCUCAUCACUUUGAUCAAGUUCAGAAAACAUAUUACAAUUGUUUCAGAGAACGCCUUGGAACUUUUCUCAUAUUAAGGUAGUUUGCUCGCAUUUUACUUUGUACGUUAACAAUGUUCGAGUAAUGACGGAUAAAUACAAAAGCGGCGGCAGAAUCAGUACAAAAUCCUCAACAAAGCAGCAGAAUUAACAUGAUACUUCUAUAAUGCCAUUUACGCCAAUACAAUUUGAGAGCUUUGAGUGCUGGAUAUUUUGCAUUUAAGACUGCACAAUUUUGUAGGUUUUGUAGGGUACAAUGCGGUAAAAUGUAUGCAUACUAAGCCGAAGCGAAAAGAGCAAUCGACAAAUUAAAAUCAGUUAGGACUUUGGUUAUCUGGAUUUGUUCAAAUUUAAUUAAAAUUUGCAUAGCACGAAAACUGUUUUUCACUUAACUAGCAGCUAUUUUAGUAGACUAUCGUGUGGUCAUUGCGAUACUUGAAGUAACAGGUCCAUUUCAGCAGCAGCGAUGGUAUGUAGGACGAAUAGUUCGAUCGACUCUGUCAGGACCUGUCAGAGCUGCGCACAGGACCGUACUCACGCCAAUGAUCAAACAAUCCGGCCCCGAGAAUAGACUUCAGUUCUAUCUUAAGACAAAUCUGCGGCUAUCUUUUCAGUGAUUGAACGAUAAUAGAAACAGUCUUUUCCUGAAACUUUAUUUUAUUAGUAGAACGGUAAAGAAAAAAGUUGUUUAAAAUAUUGUACAGUGCCUUUGGUUUGAUUCGAUCAUUGUUUUAAUUCGGUCGCCUAUACAUUAUUGGCGGGCAGUCUUAUGGAUCGACUACAGGCCUGUCUCGAAACAAAACUUUUUUUCCCAUUCUUCAGAGAUCAGAAGUAAUUUCAGGGUGUCUUUUAGUCAGUUUCCACCGUGCCGAUUCGUUCAGUCCAUGAUAUUUUAUGGCAAUCGGGCCAUCUAUGCGGAACAAGUCGACGUAACAAUAGAUUCGCAUAAACAGCGUUCAUAAACAUCCUUCAUGCGAGAUACACAGGCAACCAUUGUAGCUCGGUUAGUUGUGAUAUCUGUUUGAUUUGUGACUUUAGCAAGUUUUUUUUCUUAUAAGUACAUACUAACACUGAUAUUUGACUAUGAACAAUGCCGUAUAGCCAUAUCCAGACAGUGCAAGCUAGUUCAGUUAUACGGCUACAUUGUACUUAAUAAUAAUAAUUGGAUUCAUGUGGAAACCCUUACACCCCCCUCCCCCCCAGCCCCCACAAAAGUUAAGAAAGCUUAACAAUAUGCUCCUUCUGUCACUUAAAACCUCUUAAAAGAGAUCAAGAAUAAAGGCAUCAGUUCCUAUUUUAAUUCCUCUACCCUGUUGUUUGAAAAACUACGCACAAAAAGAAAUAAACGCAGACACACAAAUAUAAGAAAGAAAUAAGAACUUUAUUAAAAACAUUAUCCGAUAAGAGAUCACCAUAGAUGAAAGUUAAUAUGGAUUUCAAUAACUUCGAUAAAAUGUGUCUAAAUUCUCUCUGAUUAAAACUUGUAGCUUCAUAUGCCAUAUCACAGGGCUUUACCAGCCAAAUGAAGCGAAUUGUGACACACGCUUUCCUAAGCCCCUUUUUAUCUUUGACAGAACAAUUUGUAGUCGGAGCCGGGAAACAAUCUAAACAAAACCCGACAGAGAGCAGAGAAUGCAAUCUACCAGCGUUCUUUUAUCGCCUAUCCGCUUCUUUGCAUUGCAGAAACACACCUUGCCCGUGCCCACCACCUCCCCCCUACCCAAAAAAAUUGCUUGAGAAUUGUCUUCUAUUUGCGACUUCGUGAAGGCGAAAAAUGUUACUCGAAACGAUUCGCAACGAUGAUUUUCACCGCAUCACAGCGCUGUAACAAUUUUGCGGCAUUGUUUACAAUUGUUUCACAAUUGCUCUAACACUGUUGGCCUAAAUUAUUAAUGCAAAAUGCCUCUUGUAACAACGGCUUAAUCCAGGAGAAAGUGGAUGGUUAUGAAAAGUUUGGGAGGCGAAGGGGGGAAGGGUUGGGGAGGAAAAAAUCGGCAAUUUUAUUGGAUAAGGGUGAGUAUGAUAUGAAGAAUUAUAGAGAUCGAGGAGGUUGUUAUCCUCCUGGAGGCUCUGAGAUAUGCAUAAUUCUUCAGAUAAUGAAAAGCCGAAUCCAAUAAUCUUAAUAAGCAAUGGUUUAGUUAUACAGAAGCAAGUAAAAAAACAAUGCGGACAAGAAAGAGCGACGUUUCGGUAUCAUCAAAUAUUUUGAACUUGAAAAUGCAAGAUUACACCAAAACGUCGCUCUUUCUUGUCCGCGUUGUUUUUUACUUGUUUCUGAAUCCAAUAAUUGUUUUAUUAUUCAUUCAAAAUAAUUCCAAGUUUAUAUUAAAAACAAGCUAAACUGAGAUGCUUACCUUGGUCGAUGUUAAAUUUCCGUCUUCAUUUGCCUGUUUCUCGGCAAGGAGUUCAGGAUAUAAAGCCUAGCAGAGUAUUCUACAAAUAGCACAAGUCAUCAGUCCACGAUUUGUAUUCUUACUGUUCUUGCAAUAUUUUUAGGCAGAAGUUCGGUUAUUUCUUCUUCGCGAACGGAAACGUGUGAAAAAACAACGAAAUCUUGUUCCCAGGGUUUCUCGGCGAUUAUUUUGUGCUUUUGACGUCAUUUUCCGGAUAUCUGAUUGUUUCCCGCCUCCGAUUUAAAGAUUGCUUCUGUCGAGGAUAUGAAAAGGUGAAUUAGAAAGCCGUGUGUCACAAUUAACUUCAUUUUGCUGAUGAAGCUCUUUGUUAAUAAUUAAAUGUAUUCGAUUAGACCGAAGAAAAUCUUACGUUGCUUUUACGACUUUUACAACUGGAGUCAAAUACAACUCUUUUGUAAACUGCUUUGAGCCUUGACGAAAAAAAGCUUGUUGCGUGCGAGCUGUUAGAGCAUGCAUGCUUGCAUGUCUUCACUGUUACGCAGUUGGCGGAAAGCAGCUCUAAGCUGAUAAAGAGACAAACAAGAGAGACUACUAAUUUAUGUCACGAAAUAAUGAACAGCAAACAACAAGUAAAGGGGAAACUUGGUCACGUGGUACAAAUUUGCGUUUGCCGUUUUACUUGAACGCGAUGCUUAACCUCUCUUAUAUGUUAUUUUUGGCUGGUUUAUUUUUCCCUAAAACGUAAAAUAGACAGGAAUGUUUGCUACUCGGCCUAAGGCACAAGAUAGUGUAUUUGUAGCCUGUGAAGAUAAGAGCAUAAGGUUUUCCAUCUAAAUCGAUCGUGUUGUACUCUUUGUCCAUUCUCUGCCAACACGGUCGUAAUAACAAUGACUGUUAGAGCAUAUCUUAUGGGCUGUUUGUAAGGAGGGAGGAAAAUCCUAGAAGGCGGAUCGUCCUAGUACCAUAUGUUUUCUGCAUUCAGUUUAAAUGCAAAAAGUUGUGCUUUUCCCUACUGCUAGGAUCUCCCUAGUAUUAGAUCUUUCUAGCCCAGGGGAAGGAAGCACCAUGUAAACUGCUUUCGCUAUGAAAAUCCUAGUAAUAGGGACAAAUCACUGAAAAAUGGCGGCGCGUCGUUCAGUUAGUAAUCUUUGAGCUUUUAACUACACGGACCAAAAUUUCUGCAUCCGUAAACCCAAAGAAAAGUUGUUUCGCCUUCUAGGAUCUCCCUAGUGCUUGGAUCUGCUUCCCUCCUUGAAAAAAAGGCCCCAGAGUGGUUACUGAGGUUAAACAAUCUGUAAACACUUAAGGAGACAGGUCUUGAAUGAGUUUUGUUGAUUUUUAUUUUGCGGACGAAAGGGGUAAAAAAAGUAAUAACUAAACCAUGAGUUUUAAGUGUUAAUUGAGAUUACAUAAAGUCUGCAGUGAGCUAAUAAUGUCUCGCUGAAAUAUUGGUUGAUACAGGGUGGCCACCUAAUACGGGGUUUACUUUUACAGUUUCACUGUUAGAAACCCUCUAUAAUAAGACAUAAACUGAAUAUAAAGUUAAGGAUAAAUUUCCAUUCUGUUUCAGGUGACCAGAAAAAUGUCAAGUGGACCGAUUGAACCAAUUACAGAGCAAGAAAACCGCGCCUGGUGUAUCGUCUAUGGCUUUGAAUCAGCUGCCUGCAUAGUGGGAAACAUUCUGACCAUUGCUGCUUUUGCCAUCACAAAGUCCUUGCACAAGAAAACCUAUCUUCUAUUGAUCAGCUUAGCAGUAGCUGAUCUCUUGGUGGGUUUUGUUGCCAUUCCCAUGUUCAUUCAUCUAAUAGGCGGCACGGUUACACAGUGGUGGGAAGUGGAUAAUCACGUGAGUCACACGCAGACAGCCAUCGAGAUCUUCACUUCGUACGCUUCUAUCUUCUUUCUGGUGGCGAUCGCUCUUGAGCGGCUGUACGCUGCGGUAUCGCCAUUUAAUCACGAUAGUCUCAAGCCUGUUGCUUAUUUCAUUGUAAUCACUGUAGUGUGGCUUUUCGCUGCGCUGUUAGGAAUUCUCUCCUAUUUGCGUGAACAGCAUGUUGGUGCUGCCGACAACGAGGGAGUGUUUUUGUUUAUUAUGAUAAUGCUCGCACUUUCCAUUGUAACUGUUGUUGUAUCCUACAUUCUUAUUGCAAUAAUUUUGAUGAGAUCUCGCUCCAUAUUGACCGACGACUUUGAGCGUAGAAUGGCUGUCACCCUCCUUCUCUUGAGCGUUAUUUUCGUAGCCACAUGGUUGCCAUUUAAAGUAGUUAACUACAUUUUUCAUUACAACCCCUCUUCAACUCUUGGCUGUGGAAGCGACUUUGGUUGCCUCUACCAGGCAAUUUACGCCACAAAGUUUCUGCAUUAUUUCAACUCAGUCGUGAACCCCAUCAUUUAUGCUCUGAGGGUUAAAGAUUUUAGGAAGGGUGUCAAACGAAUUCUGUGCUGUGCUGAUCCCGCACCACCACAGAACCGAGCCCUUGGAGAAAUAAAAGGGAUAGAUAACACCAUGGUAUCCAUGCAGUCCAUCGAUACCGUUGUUCCCUCUAUGUAUCUGUAAAUAUAUAUACAGCUAAAUCUUUAACGUACAGUGAAGUAAAGAUGUAUAAAAAUUCAGUAGGUUUAGAAAGAGAAGUUUUAGAAAGAGUUUUAUGCACGAGUAAUGAGAGCUUUUAGGAAUACCGUGUAGCACGAAACUUUUGCGGGUUCUACUGGUUCUACAUCAGUGUGCGAUAUUUCCAGCGAUUUUUUAAGCAAUCCGCAAAAAUAAGUUCUCGCAAAUAAAAAUUAACGCAAACAUUUUUCCCGCAAAAAUUUACUCCAGAGUAACUUAAAUUCGCUACACAAAAAUACAGUACUAAGAAGUCAUGUCUAUUCAAUUACAACUUGUCUCUGGCGUUCAGAAACAAAACGGUAUACAGUGAAAUACCUGUUUUACUUAGGGUUCGCACACCGUAGUAUUGUUUGAAAAUAUGUAUCUCAAUUGCACGUUCUCAAUAAAAACGAAAAUAUUGUCAAUGCUGGGUACUGGGUACUUUUUGAAAAUCGCAAAAACUAAUUCCCACUGAAGAAAGACCAAUCUGUCCGAAUCGCAAAAAUUAGUUCUCUCAAAACACAAAAAGUCGCAAACCGCGUAAAUAAACUCCCGCAAAAAUUUUGUGCCACACGAUAUAUUGGAUUAUACAAGUACCAGUACUUGUAAAAACAGUCCGACUCUAUUUUACUUUGAUAUAUUUAUAGAAUUAACUCAUUUAUUCAAAAGCGAUACUUCUUAUAGCUCAGUACUAGAACAAUAUCAGACUGAAGUAUCUGGAUGUAAUAUUGCAUGCACCACGUACAGGUCCUUACAAGUUAAAUUCAUUUUCUGAUGACUUUAUUUUAAUCAGCUACGUAAGGAAAUUCUUAAAGCAUUAAAUUUUACACUUUUGUUGAUAUGCAUUCUUUAACGGCAAUUCGAGCCUUUGCUUUCAACUGUGGACUUGAUCUUGUUAAGACUGUUUUGGUACUAUAGUUAUCUUUGUAAAUGGUAAUGCGUAAUUUUUUAAUCAGAGUACAGCUUACUCAGUAUUGUAUUUCGCUUUUUUUAGGAUAUCAAUCAUGCAUGUAACCUUGUUUUAACUGUUUACUUAAUUUCUUCAGUGUAAAUAGUGAUUAGUUUGAAAUAAAAAUGAUCCCAUGUAUCAUGUAAAUUGUUAUGAUCUUUAUUUGCAAGUUGACAAUUCCCUGAUUCAUGAUAAUUAUAAUCCGUUAUUUCAGGUGAGGGGGAGGGGGGGUGGGCAGGAAUGAAAUUACGACUUCCUGCCUUCAAUAAGGGAACCAUGUAAACAGGUAAAUGGAGUUUUUGAUUGGUGUAAUAUAGCACUAACUGUUAAUUAAAAGAGCCUUUUCUUUCUUGUUUUCACGGCAACCCCUUGAGGGCAGGCAUUGUCUCUUAGGAACCAGUCAUAAUUUAAGUUGGAAGGGGGGAUGGAGGAGAAAUUGUUUUUUAUCCCAAAUUAUUUCCAGACCCCUACUAAUAGCACCCAUGUUUUUUAGGUACCCCCCCUUCAAUCAUGUUAAAAGAUUUAAGGGCCCCCCCUUCUUACAUAAUACCAGAAUGGUAAUAACAAAUAACAUUUUCUUUACUUUACCGUUCUUACUCACUGUCACUUCCGAAUGUGCCAACUAUGCAACAGAGAA